AAAUCAAAUAAGGUUAAAAUGUAUGUUUUUAUUUGAUUUUAUUUUAUUACGAAAAAAAUAAAAUCGAUUUUUUGUAUUUAGUGUUAAGACACCCGGCGGUAAAUUAACAUAUCAAUAUGUUAAAAAACGAGGAACAGUUCCAAAAUGUGGUGAUUGUAAAGUUGAAUUACCAGGCAUCAAAGCAUCUCGUCCAAAACAACGUAUGUCAAUGACAAAACGAUUGAAAACUGUUUCACGUACUUAUGGUGGUUCACGAUGUGCUAAAUGUGUUCGACUUCGUAUUGUUCGAGCUUUUCUCAUCGAAGAACAACGUAUUGUUGCUAUGGUUAUGAAAUCGAAGAAAGUAGUUCCAGAAACAGUACCAACAACACAACAAACAAGCCAAAAAUCGAAAUAG